UUUAGUCAAAAUGUCGCUGCGGCGUCUAUUAUUGUUUUUAUUAGUGUCAAUUUGUGGUGGCGUCGCCAUUGUGAGCGCUGGCGGCUUUCCAAAUUAUCAUGCGCAUUUUGAUUUUAUCGGGUGGGAUAAGCAUAGCACUGCGAAUGCGGCGCAGAAGUGGUGGCAAUCGGCGGCGUUCUAUCAAAUCUAUCCAAGGUCAUUUAAAGAUAGCAACGGCGACGGGGUGGGCGACCUGAAGGGCAUCGCUGAGCAGCUGCCUUAUCUAAAAGAAAUCGGUAUUGCGGCAACAUGGCUUUCGCCCAUCUUCACCUCGCCUAUGGCGGACUUUGGUUACGAUGUCGCCAAUUUCACCGAUAUUGAUCCAAUUUUCGGUACACUCGCUGAUUUCGACGCGCUGAUCGCUAAAUCACGUGAAGUUGGCGUGAAAAUAAUAUUGGACUUUGUGCCGAAUCAUUCGAGCGAUGAGCAUGAAUGGUUCAAAAAGUCGGCCGCAGGCGACAAGGACUUCAAAGACUAUUACGUUUGGCACCCGGGUCGUCUGGUGAAUGGCACGCGUCAGCCGCCAACGAAUUGGAUGAGUGUUUUCCGUGGCUCGGCGUGGCAGUGGCAUGAUACGCGAAAAGAGUAUUAUUUACAUCAGUUUCUGAGUAAGCAGCCUGACUUGAAUUAUCGCAAUCCGAAAGUGCGCGCUGCCAUGAGUGAGGUGCUGCGGUUUUGGUUACGACGGGGCGUCGCCGGUUUUCGCAUUGACGCAGUACCGUUUGCAUUCGAGAUAGCGCCCGAUGCUAGUGGCAACUGGCCCGAUGAACCACGUAAUGACUGGGUUAUCGAUCCGGAUGACUAUAAUUUUGUUAAGCACAUCUACACCGUGGACCAACCAGAGACUUUGGACUUGGUGUAUGAAUGGCGACGUGUGCUGGAUGAAUUUCAGAAAGAAAAUGGUGGCGACGAACGUGUCAUGCUAACCGAAGCAUAUUCACCUAUCGACGUCGUUAUGAAGUAUUAUGGCAAUGAUACGGCAGAGGGCGCGCAGAUACCUUUUAAUUUUCUCAUGAUCAACUGGCUGUCGAAUGACUCAGAUGCAUAUCACUUUGCGGAGACUGUGAAUACAUGGUUGAAGAGCAUGCCAGUCGGACGCACAGCAAAUUGGGUGAUUGGAAAUCAUGAUCAAAAUCGCGUUGGCUCUCGUCUGGGCGCCGAUCGUAUCGACAUGUUGAACAUGCUUACGAAUAUGCUGCCCGGUGUGAGUGUCUCAUAUUAUGGCGAGGAGAUCGGCAUGACUGAUGUAUGGAUCUCGUGGAAUGAUACUGUGGACCCCUCAGCUUGUCAUACGAAUCCGGAUAUAUAUCAAAAGUUCUCGCGUGAUCCCGAGCGUACUCCGUUCCAGUGGAGUGAUGCCGUUAAUGCCGGUUUCAGCACUGCUAAGAAGACUUGGCUGCCUGUCUCAGAUGACUACAAGACGGUGAACGUACGGCGGGAGCGCGAUGACCCGCUGAGCCAUUUGAAUAUCUACAAACAACUACACGCGUUGCGUAAUGAAUCCACGUUACGUCAUGGAAGCGUGGAAGUGAAGGCUGUAACACAAAAUGUGCUGGCCGUGAAACGCAUGCUGCUCAAUGAUUACACAUACAUUUUGCUAAUGAAUCUAUACGACGGAUCGGAGGAAGUGGACUUAAAGCGCGCCUUUGAUAAUAUACCAGAUGAGUUUGAAUAUGUUAUUGUAACGAAGAAAAGUAAAGCAAAGAGGGGUGACACUCUGAAAGCGACGGGCAUUCAAAUAUUACCAAAGGAAGCCGUUGUUUUACGUUCGUCCACCAAAUUGACCACUACAGUAGGUUAUUAUGCUUACUACAUGCCCAAAAAUGAGAAACACUAGAGAGGCGCAUCUGUUUCUAAAAGUCUGAAUAACAUCUAUAUAUAUUAAUGAUUUGUACUGAAAAGCUUUAGAUUUUUGUAUUGUAGAACAGUGCUAAGAUUGUUAUUAGUGCUGACUAAGCAACUAUUUUCUUUAUAAAUAUUAUUUCGCAACAUUGCAAGUGAAUAAAAGUAGCCGCCUCAUUUGCUGAUAGAGUCUCUUCCUUACGUGGACAGUUAUCUCUUUUAAAGUUA